AUGAUCGUCGCCCUCGGACUCAUCUUGUGGCUCGUUCUCCAGCCAAUCCUCGCUAUUGGAACAGCUAGCAGCCGUCUUUGCGACAAUGAUCCUGUGCGAUGGAUGUCCUUCAUAGCCUCACAUGGGAUUGGACGGGAUAUAUGCGCCGCAUGGGAGGCUCGACAGGGCUUACAGUUGGACACUAUUGACCAUGCGGCGGCUACAGCCGAGGCGCUGGAAAGGCUGAUGGAUGGUUGCGCCGGCCGCAAGUGGUCCAACCUUGCUGUCCCAGCAUACGGCAAUGCUUCGUCCUUGGUAUACGGAAUCCAGCUAGCAAGCGACUGGGCGGAGACCAGGGAUCUGGAAUUGCACGCCGAAAUAGCCUCCGAAGGCAUAGCCACGUUUCUCGGCAACAUAGAUGUCUUCCGCGACGGUACAGCCUACCUGUUUACCUCGAGUUAUCACUCGCUCGCAGAUCUAGCUGAGGAAGCGCGAGGGAUCCGGGACGCCUAUGAUUCACAUGGGCCGCUUUCGAGAAUGAUUCUGAAUGGCAUCAAUGAUUUCGCUCCGCGGCGAUGGACACCAAGUGGUGCGUUUGCCCGAGGCUUCGCAGAAUCCACCGAGAAGUUGGUGCCACUUGUCCAACAGCAGAUGGAACAGCUCGACGACAUGUUGGACCUCCUAGCGAGCGUGGCCAAGAACCUCGAUGCGUUCCGCAAAAGUCUAGACAGGGAGCUAAUGAAGAACGCCGGCAAGUGCGCCAAGUACAAUCAGAUGUACUCGACGAACUAUGGUAUCUUUCGUUCAGUCCCGCUUAGCCUUGGCAUUGCGCAGUCGUUCCAAGGAGCAUGCGAGAGGGGGAAGGUGCCAGAUAUAUGUUGCAGUUCGGGGCCAUUGCGCAAAACAGCGGAAGAAGUCAGCAGAAAGGUCCAGACCAUGACCGAAGAGGUACAGAAGACCCAGAAGGAUAUGGGUGUGUACCACAAGCAUCUCAUCGGCUUAAAUGGUCGUGUGAGCGGCAAGCUGCACUUUGCACGAGUGGACGCCACCGUCGCAGGGUUGCAGCAGAGCUUCGGGAGCAUUGAGAAGAAGUACUGGGAGUUCAUGGGUGCUCCAGUGCAGGCCUUGCGGGAAUUGAACGGUCCAUGA